AUGGCUACCGGAACGACUAGAAAUAAGGUGGCACUUGCACCUGGUCAUUCUCUGAUGGAUUGGAUUCGUUUAGGGAACUCUGGGAGUGACUUAACUGGAGUUGGUGGUAAAAUGUUAUCUAUUUCAAAAUCAGAAUUAGCCAAACACAAUAAACGAACAGAUGCUUGGUUGGCUAUUCGUGGAACAGUUUACAAUGUCACCCAGUACAUGGACUUCCAUCCUGGUGGUGUUGAUGAAUUAGUCAGAGGAAUUGGCACAGAUGCUACCAAAUUGUUUUCAGAGAUACAUGCUUGGGUGAAUUAUGAAUCAAUACUUCAGAAGUGCGUGGUUGGCCGAUUAGUAAAUGAAGAAUUGUUUAAAUUGCCUGAUAUUUUGAAAGCGGCUACAGAUGUCUCCGAAAAUGAUUUGAACAUGGACUGGUUUCAACAACUUGGCUUCUUAUGUUUUGUGUUUUAUACUAAAACACCAUAUCCUGAGGUGUCUAUUACUUUAAAACAACCUAAUGAAUUUCGUUUUGUUUUGAAUGGAAAAGCAAGAUGUAUCACUUUGCAUAAAAAUGUAAAUUGGCCUUGUGUUGUAAAAAUAGUAGCAGACAUUGGAAAAGUUCAAGUUAAACUGAUAAAAAAAGUACUCGGACUUUGGCCAACAUUUGGAACCAUAUCAACAACUAGAAAUAUUCAAAUUGAUUAUUGGAAAUGCGAGCUACUUGAUUCGUUCAAUGUUACUCAUAACACUAAAUUUUUAUUAUUUAAGUAUGAACAGAACUUGUACAAUCAUAUCUAUCCAGGUCGACAUAUUUAUAUUAAAGCUAAUGUGAAUGGUCAUGUUGUGUCACGGCCAUAUACUCCAGUGUGGCCUUUAGUUGAAACAACAGAGUAUGGGAAAAUCUCUGAAGACACUUUAUGUUUACUAGUUAAAAGUUAUCCAAAUGGAAAACUAAGUAGACAUUUGUGUUCUUUAAGCCAAGGAGAUUCAAUUGAAGUCAGCCGUCCACAAGGUAGUUUUGAGUGUUGGACAUCAAAAACAAACCUAAUUUUAUUGGCUGCUGGUACUGGAAUUACACCAAUGUUGCCAAUCAUUUGGAACGCUUUACAUUCUUCCAUUAAAAAUUAUAAUAUCACAUUAUUGUUUUUCAACAAAAAAGAAACAUGUAUCAUUUGGAAAAAGUACUUAGAUCAAAAAAGUGCUGCUUACUUAUCAAGACUGACUGUACAUUACAUUUUGUCAGAAGAGGAAAACUCCAAGGGUGACACAAAAGGACAUAUUGAUGAAAACGUAAUCAUUAAAUAUUUUCCUUCAUUACAUAAUGAUUUAAAGAGUGAAUAUGCAGUGUGUAUUUGUGGCCCAUCAGGCUUCAACAAACUAUGUGAAAAGUUAGUUAUCCAGCAAGGUUACAAAAAAGAUGACUACUUUGUAUUUGGUUGA